AUGCCCCUCGAGGAGUUGAACUUGAUUGAGGGUGCGGCGCCGCUACCGACUGAGCCACGCGGGCAAAGAGAAAGCGGACGCCCUGAUUGCAUACAUAAAGGCGAGGACGACAGCUGUACGCAGAGUGACAUUAAGCGUUGUACACCGUGA